AUGGACUCAGCUCUACUUGUUGAUAAUAAUAUGGAGAGCAUCAGUCCAAACCGUCUGAAAUGUGCUCCUACACCUCUCCACCCGCUGUCGCCCGAGCGCAUCAAUCAACAACGUCAACCCCAAUCUCCGUCCUUGCACGGCUAUCUUGUCGAAAGCGAAAGACCACAGACUCGGGACUCCUUCAAUUCCGAUGUUCAAUCCAAAGUUGCAUUCCUGAAUAGUCUGACUGCCAACGCCAGUGCUCAGUCAUCUCCCGCCAGAGCAGGAAGAUUGGGAGGUGCAACCCUGAGCAAUACACACAGCAAUGGAAACAUCCACCCUAGUAAUAAUGCUAAUGCGAACAAUGCUCUCCAACGGGCUGUCAUGGGUUAUGAAGAGGCCCAGGCGAGCUUAGCCACAUUGACUGCGGAGCUCGAACGGGCGAAGGAAGAGUUGACCUCGAGGAAGAAGAGAGAAAAAUUGCUAUCCCAGCGUGUGGAAGAUUUGCUGGAGGAAUUGCAGGCGGAAAAAGAGAAGAGGGCUCGAGAUCAAGAGUCUUACGCCAAAGAAAUUAAGAGGUGUCGCAAGGAGACGUAUCGUGCUGAAUUGGCGGUUGUGGCAUCCAGACAGGAUCUACAAGAAGUCCGCGGUGAAUUGAAGCGGUCGCAGGCCGAAGUGCAACAUGAGAAAACCGAGAAGGAGAAAAGUCGACAAGAAAGCUUUGAGAGGGCCUAUGCAUUGGCUGGUAUGAUAGGGGAAAUGGAACAACUCAAAGAUCAAUUGACAGUGGUUGAAAAGGAGAGAGAUGCUGCUUUAUUGGAGGCCAAGGCAGGUGCUAUCGAAAAGAGCGCAGUUCUAGAGCAUAAGGAGAAGAAUAAUUCGAGAAGUGUGGAGGAAGAGGAAGAGAUCCCCCCGUCUUCAACCACGGUGGACGAAAAUGGGACCGAAAGUGCCUUCAAAUCCACGACAGUCUCGGAACGUACGCCCGUGGAAGCACCCACACAGCCCCUGGGGCCUCGAGACCCAACCUUUGCCUCUAUCAAAUUCUGUCUCGAAUACUACGACAAACAAAUAGAAGGACAAGAAGUCACAUUGGCAGAAGAGGUUGAGUUUCUCAAACAGGAAUUGAACUGGGCACGGAAACGGCAUGCUGAAGAUGAGGAUUUGAUUCAUUUUAUGCACAUGCAGUGUCAAUUCAAUGCUUGUCCAUGCCGACUGGCUGAGUCAAAUGGAGAGCGUUUUAUUCAUGAUCACGGCUAUGAAGCCAGUGUGCAGGAACAACGGGCGUCCAAAAAGAAAAGGAUAUCGAAUGAAGACCCAGGAGAGCACGUUGCCGCGGACAAUGGUGCGUCUGCACAAGACACACCGAAAGCAACGAGGAGGACGAGAGAGUUUACUCGACUUCCCCCCGAACCGACACCAGAACUUCUCUCCACUGCCGCCGACCCACAGGUUUUGGAGCAAGCUGUUGGAAUACCCCUCCCUGAGCCACAGCCAAUGGAACUGGAUCCCAAAGCUGACACUCCAGAGUCAACCGCUCACUUGGAAGAUAUCACACAAGUCUUGGUUGAGCCGGGAACAGCUUCGAAACCAUUCUCCUUUUCGACAUCCAUUACCAGCAACCCUGGUUUCAGAACCAAAGCUCCACCACUUCGACCGGUGGAAAACGCUUCGGUGGCUCUUGACCACGACCUUUUUGAUCUCUCACCUCCCAAACAAGCGCCUCCUCGACGUCCUUCAACGGCUAUGGGGAUAGUGACCCUGGGAUCACCAAUUCGCCUUGUUCCAGAUUCACCACGCUCGGUCAGAACAUCUCAUCGUGAAGCCCGUCGAUCAAAAACGCCGACAAAUGAUCGCCAUCACACCAUGACCCAAUCAAUCACUACAACCACGAAAGUGGCCUUAAAAGAUUCACCACCUCGAAGUCUGCACAGAAGAACACAGUCCAAACCCAAUCUUCGAAGUCACUCACCUUUGGUGUCUUCGGUCAUGUCUCACGCCGGUGACUCCAAUGUGGGAUCUGGAUUCGCCCACGAGGCAUCGGCCUCACCCGCCGCGCAUACCGUGUUUCCCGUCACGCCUCUGCACCACUCUUCAAGGUCAAUGCAUAAUCUAGCACAGCAUGCACAAACACAGGCGCGACCUCCCAAUCGGAGUCCACCACAGGCGAUAGCCACUACGACCACCACAACUCGCGUGCCGUUGAGAGGAUUUGCCGACACAGAUGAUGAUGUAUUCAGCCCAGAUCACGAUGCCCAAGCCGAGGGUCCGAAUGUGAACACACGACUCAAUUCUACGGUGAACGAAAUGGGCUCACAUAGGCAGACAGAUACUGUCACGACAUCCAUCCUAGGGAAUAUCCCGGGCACACCAAUUUCUCGAGAAGCGGCCCUCGCUCAGAUUCGAGCUCGAAGAGACCGUGCUAGGAGUGUCAAUCUGAAGCGAUCAGUCGAAGGUAGUGGCAAUAGCAGUUCAACAAUGGGGUCGAAGAGUCCAAGAAAACCCGGAGCUGUGAAUGGGGGACUCCUUGCCAAAGACAAGCAAGGUGCAAAAAGGGAAAUCAGUCAAGCCAGCGCGCCGGGAAGAAUUGCUUUUUGA